AUGGAACAGCUCUGGGACACCGGGGAGUUCCAUGAGAGCUGGGAUUACAAACCCCAUGGUACACUGAGGAGUAAGGAGAGCUCUCCAGUGAUUGGUCACAAGGGGGUGCAGGUGGCAGGUCCGACGGCGCCCCCUGGUGUUGGCCAGCAGAGCUGCAGCCAGUCGCCCCACUCCACAGAACACAGCCCACACACCAUGCGCAAAGGCUCUAAGAAGCCGGCCCCUAUCCCUCCAAAGGUUCCAGCUGGGUAUGGCCAGUCGGGUGGUUCUGGUGGGAUUUCGGACCAGUCCACAGGUCAGCCGUCGCCGGUCAGCCUGUCCCCCACCCCUCCGAGCACCCCCUCGCCCUAUGGACUGGCCGGUCCCCCACAGGCCCCUGGAGGACUAGGGGCCUCCUCCCCUGGUCAGACCCCUCUCUGUGGCUCCCUAGGGUCCCUGGGGUCCCUGUCCUCCCCCCCUUCUCUGACCGGCACGCUGGGCAAGUCUCGGCCCACCCCUAAGCCCCGGCAGAGGCCCAGCCUGCCACCUCCUCAGCCGCCCACCGUUCCUCAGCCGGGGGCCACCCCUGUUGGCCCUGGGCCCCUGGAGCAGGGCAUCCUGGACGGACUGUCCCCCGGGGAGAGCAUGUCCACAGAUUACUUCAAUUAUGAAAUCCCCUCCAUCAAUGUGAACCUGGACAGCCUCAUCGAUGAGUUCAGCGGUGCUGCCCCCUGCAGGCGCUACGGAGCGGUGACACACUCUCCUCCCCCGCGGAGAGACGAUAACCCCGACCACGACCCCUACGCUGAGGACGACGAACCCCAGGACACCACCUUAUGACAUCGUUACCCUGAAACAGCCCUGUGAUGUGACAUCAUCAGAGCUUGCCCGAGGCCGGCACCGUGGCACUCCUACAUCCAGCUAGCUGUACAUACUGUUAGACUGUAAUGCUCGCUCGCUCACACCGCACUGCCACGACGCUCCCAGACAAAACGAACAAACAAAGCUUCUUCUUAUACACCACAAUGCUCACCUGACCUUUGACCUGAAACUCCAGGUCUGAACCAUGACCUCUGACAUGGAACUCCAGGACUGAACCUUGACCUCUGACCUGGAACUCCAGGACUGAAUUCCCCCCCCCCUCCCUCACAUUAUGCUAUACCUGCAAGCUGCAAGCAAAACUCAUCUCUUAGAAAUACUACGCAAAUAGUAAUGUAAACUCAAUGUGAGCAAACAAUAACACACCACAUGCCAUAUAGAGGAGGACCAGUUGCCUUUGGAAGGAAGAAGACAUAUGGAUUAUAUGGAGGUUUAUUAAAUGCCAUGUUCAGUAUUAUAUUUUUGCUUUGUGGAUACUACAGUUUUUUUCCUCUCUUUGAAACAGUGAUCAGUAUUUUUUGUGACUUUUUAAGUAAUUUUUUUGCCUUAUAUGAAAAGCCUGCACUUAAAUUGCAAUACUUGCAUCGCAUAUUCACAAAUAGUUUGGCCUGACCCUAAAGGAAAGAAACUCUUAACCUGACUGGUUGGGUAGAUGUGUGGGUAAAGUGGGUCUGAUUGGUUGGGUAGAUGUGUGGUUAGUGGGUCUGUCUGGUUGGGUAGAUGUGUGGGUAAAGUGGGUCUGAUUGGUUGGGUAGAUGUGUGGUUAGUGGGUCUGUCUGGUUGGGUAGAUGUGUGGGUAAAGUGGGUCUGAUUGGUUGGGUAAAGUGGGUCUGAUUGGUUGGGUAGAUGUGUGGGUAAAGUGGGUCUGAUUGGUUGGGUAGAUGUGUGGUUAGUGGGUCUUCAGGGUCAUGGUGUGUAGUGUACUGUAUUCCUAACAGGGUAAUAUGAUAAGAGAGUUAUUAGUCCUAGUUUUCUGCACACUAUAGAGAUGACGAUGAACAGAGUCUAUUGAAUAAUGCAGUAUGAAAUGCAUAACUAACCCUAUUCUGUGGAAGGUUUGGGUCCAUUCCAUUUCAAUUCAGUCAAUUUAGGAAGUAAACUGUUUACUUUCUGAAUUAAUGAAUUGAAAUGGAAUGGACCCCAAACCUGAUGUCUGUGUCACCCCUGUCCCCUGUCCCUAUUCUUCCCACGUCUCCCCCAUGUACACAUAUCUGCAUUGAUACACAGUUAAGAGACAUCUGUAGGAUUGCUUUGUAAGUAGCAAUACUUUAUUUGUACAGGGUUAAAGAUGAAUUCAUGCACAUAUUUCCACCAGCACAGUAUUAGAAUGUCUAUGGAAUUAGAACAGUGCAUUGUUGCUGUUCUCAGAAGGGGUUUUCAACUAUCAAACUGUAUCGUUCCACCAUAAUGAUGCACAUGAAAUGUGUUUUCGAGUUGGGUCCAGAAUACUAACUAGCCAUUUCAUUUAUGUUCCCAAAAUGAAGGCCCCUUAUUGCUUAAAACCUUUCUGGAUCUAAUAGCAGAGCUGUGCUCACAGAGACUGAGGAGUGACAUCAUACCUUUCAGACUGAGUGACAUCAUACCGUUCAGACUGAGUGACAUCAUACCUUUCAGACUGAGUGACAUCAUACCUUUCAGACUGAGUGACAUCAUACCUUUCAGACUGAGUGACAUCAUACCUUUCAG